GCGCAUGCAAGUUUCCUUACGAGUUGUCGAGCGACCACCAGGCGAGGGUCAUGACUCGGCGAGUGGUUGCCCGCGUCCAGACAAGAAGCAGGUACGCUGGCAGCUCGCAUCACAACGGACGCAACCGCCAAGUGCCAGCCACUUACGCGGCCCCGGCGACGCCGUACUUUGUGCCUCAAAGUGCCCGUGUUAGACGAUAGCGUUAGAGCGACCUCAUACGUUCUCAAGGACAACAAGACCACAAUGAUGAGAGUGUCAUGGUGUCGCAAAUCCAAGUUGACGACACGCUGUAGAUGCAGGAGAGUAUUGAGAGGUAUGGGAACGUGCUCGAAGUCGAUCGAUUCCUCCUUGGGAAUACCUCACAUCUCCAUGCCUCUCGAUCGCUUUUCAGAUCCAUGUUAUUUGAUGAGUACACAAGUACUGAAGUCGUUUCCGCAUUCCAACGGGGGCAAGACCCACGAGCGCCUGAGUGGUGAUGCAGUCUCCCCAUAUAUAUCCCUCAGAGACCACGAUUUCGUCUUCAUGACGGCGACCUGCCCGUUCAGGAACGAUGCCGGCCGCAUACUUCAGCCGCAAGUGCCCGCCACGCCUUGUGCACGACGCAAGAAGUGCAAAGAAACGUCUUGAAGCCGUGCCCAGAACGUGGAUGCCUUGUGACGUUGCAUGUCCGUGGGUUGUUUACAUGGUUUUUCGAGUUAAGCGAGGGAACUCACACCUCCCGUGACGGGACCUGGCGCGACCCGAACGGAUCUUUGUGCGCCACGAUCCAAAAUGGAAACAGUCGACUCCUGGAUUCGAACUGCCGCCGGACUCGAUUCCACACGGGGAAGUUGUUGAACAAAGGAGGGCGACCGCACAGACGCUGUAGAGUGUGGUACCGGUUGUGGUGGGCUUUUCUGGGGAGCUGCCUCGAACGCCUUCCUCGUGUGGCGCCAUGGGAUGAUGUUGCCGACACAUAAAAAAUCACCCGAAGUCAAAUUCCCACGUCUGCCGCCGACCUGAAUGUCGUUUGCUACUCUGUACUGCAUGUUGGAGUUUGAGGCGGCGGGUUGUCUUGCGGCGACCUGGGCCGGCAUUCGUGGCCGGGCAAGCGUUGCGAGAAUUCUCUGGUCAUCUCCACAACGAAGCGAGCGUGCUGUUUUGACAUCAUUCGCAUGGUCAAGACUCAUUAGGACGCGGCUCGUUUCAUGCGAUUCUCGAG